AUGCUUAUUGCGAUUUUUAAUGGUGUUACGGAUACUGGCAACAAAACAGCUGUCCUUUUAAUUCCUGUACUUUUCUACCCAAUCUUUGACGUAAGUCCAAGCACGAAAAUGUUGACUUCACUUCAUCUUUUGGUACUGUUAUGCAACAAAAUACAGUGUAGAGUGAAGCAAACAGUAACAGCAUUAGUCCAGAAAAUCGAAAACCUUCCAACUUUCCUUUGA